AUGGGAGGCGAAGCGGCUCGGGCGACGCUAGCUGGCCGCGCCAAUUCGCUUCUCUUUGCGCCGCGGCGGGCGCCGCAGGUGCGAUCGCGCUGCUCGCUCUUUCCGCGCGCAGCUUCUGGGCAGCACGGCGGAGACCGAAUCCAACGACGAGUGGCGGCCAGACGGUUGGGCCGUGCGGGCGAGGCGGGAUUCGGCGUGCGCGGUGGGGGUGCUGUUCGCGGCCGCGCCCCGUUCUACCGAUUCAAGACGACCCUCCCGCGCUGCGCCACGUCAGCAGCCAAAAAAAAAACUAUUCGGGUGCAUCAACCAGCGCUCCUCUACUCCCUCCUGCUCCGCCCGCCUCCUGCCUGCCCGCUUCUCCGCCACCGCACCACCACCACGCUCACCGGCAUCCCGCUCAGGCCUUCCUCCGCCGGUGCCCCCGCUCUCUCCAUCCGCGCACUGCCUGCUCUCUCUGCUGGCCCGCCUGCACGGCCCGGGUUUGCCUCUGCUGAAGGGAUGAGAUGGCGGCAGGGGAAGGGCGGAGGGGAGGGGGUGGAGGGGCAGGCGCUGCAAGGGGGAGAGGUCUUGGGAAGCGGCGCAUAUGGGGGGUUCGGGGGGCCAGGGGGGAGUGGAAUGGGCGUGGGGGGCGUGGAGGGGAGGAGGAGAGCGCCCAGCGCAGCUGAGGUGUUCUUUGACUGGCAGGUGAGCGGGGCGGCAGGUGAGCGGCGGCAGGUGAGCGGGCGGCAGGUGAGCGGGCGGCAGGUGAGCGGGCGCAGCUGCUGUCCCUCCCCCUUUCCUCUCCGCCAUGCUCGACCCGUGAACCCCCGACUCUCCGAUCCACUUCCUCCAUACCCCUCCACGUCUCUCCCCGCACACCUGCUGUGUGUCAUGAGCAUGCGCGCGCUGGCAGCGCUGACAGCAGCGUCGCGGGGGGGAGGACCGCAUGGGCGUGGCGCAGAUGGCGGGCGCCAACGCCGCGGCGCUUUCCGCGCUGCUCUCUGCACUGCUCGCCCUUGA